AUGUUCACCAUCUCAGUCAUCUCGGCUUUCGUGUUGGCUUCCAGUCAACAAGUCUUAGCACAGUCCUGCUCUGGCUUCAAUGUCACCACGAGCUACGCCGACUUGACCUACACAUCUCUCAGCAGUCGCUCGUACAUCAUCAGCGAGGGCGUUUCGUGUCCCGCCGCACAGAACUGCUCGGUCGACAUUGGCGGCUAUGUCACCGACGGCCGUACACUGAACAUCUCGGACGAUGCCUCAGCAGACUCCAUCUACGACACUAUCUCCAAAGUCGUCAACCUCCAAUUCAACGAAACUCAGACCUAUCCAGUGGCUCUCAACCAUGGCCCAUGGACAAUCAAGAAUGGCACAGAUGGUUAUGUCGUCUUCACUCCCAACACCAGAUGCGCUACAGGAAGACUAUCUGGCUGCCAAGGCAAUAACCUCGAAGGACAAAUUGUAUCGGCAUGUGCGCUCGAGGGUGAAAAGUACGGUGAUGGACUUAGUGGUGUUAUCAAUGAGGUUGUUACCGAUCGAGAGACUGUUGCAAAUUUGACUUGUAACCCUUCCAACACAACACAAGCCAAGAAUGGAAACUACACGGGUGGGAGAGGUUGCACCGGUACCCAAGACGAGACUGGUGCAGCUGGCACAGUUGGCGGAGCUUCUCUAGCUCUUUUGUCUGUUUCGAUGCUUGUAGCCUUUGUUGGAUUUUAG